AUUUUCGUUAUAAAAAAAGCCUAAUACAUCUAUAAUCGCUCUCCAUUCUUUUAUUAUUAAUGUCUCGCGAUCCAGAUCAACACUCAGAUCAAAGCCAUAUCGCUUAUCGAGACGACGAUGGACACCCACAGUUGAUCCAUCAAGAUAUGUUGGAUGAAUACUCUGAAAAGCCUCCCCCUGUUCAACGUCGUCGUUUCUACAAGAAUAAAAAAUACUGGAUCAUAUGUUCAAUCAUUUCUGUCAUCGUCAUUGUCGUCGCUGUCGUUCUCAUUCUCUACGUAAUCUUCCCCAAGAUUGCUCAAUCGCUCAUGAACCACUCUGGAAUCUCUGUAAACAAGGCACAAAUCACUUUUACCAAGCCAGAUUCACUCAAUGGAGCUGUCUAUAGCAAGCGUGAUGGCGGUGACGACCUAAAUACAACCUUUUAUAUGAGCAUGGAAAGUUCUCUUUCCAAUACUGGCCCUUUUGCUGCUACCAUAAAGUUUCAUAACCCUGUCGAGGUCUAUUAUAAUAACUCGCUCCUAGGUAAUAUUUUCUUUUAUGAUGAUACGCAUAUCGCUGGCGGCCAUGGUACUCUCAAUGCCGUCACGCCCUUUGUCAUCAAAGACGUAAAUGCCUUUGCUUCCUUUUCCAAACAGAUGCUGGCCGUCGAAACAUUCACUUGGACUCUUAAAGGAAAACUCGAUAUAACUGCGCUUUCAAGAACGGCAACAGUGGAUCUCAAUAAGGAUAUUGUCUUAAAUGGAAUGAAUGGUUUCCCAAAUGUAAAAAUCACCUCUUUCCAACUUCCUGGUGAUGCGCCUAAUGGUGGUGGUAUCUUGGUAGAGCUCGGCACAGUCCUGACGAGUCCCUCUCCAAUUGGUGUACAGCUUGGUACGAUUACCUUGGGCAUUGGUUAUCAAGGUGUCUCUCUUGGUGUCGUCUCGGGCGAAAAUGUUAACCUGCAACAGGGUGACAACAACAUUCUCUUGAAGGGUACACUCAUACCUCAUAACGAUACUGCGUCUCUUGAAAAGAUCGGUACACUCUUCUCCAACUAUAUGGCAGGAUUACCUUCCAAUACAUCAGCUGUUGGUAUCUCUUGUGCUCCUGAUGGUGUUCAUCCUAUCGGCUGGCUCUCUGAAGGUUUCAAGACAGUUCAGCUCAAUGUUGCUCUGGCUGCUGAUAAGCCAUUAAAUAUCAUCAAGGGCGUCAACAUGGGAUAUUUGGACUUGGCUUUCAAUGCUGCUAAUCCUUACUCCCCUGCACUCAGUGCUCCAUCCGUCACAGCGAACUUUCAGAUGCCCUUUGGUUUCUCUAUCAACAUUACUGAACUUUCGCAAAAUAUCAGUCUUGGUAUCAAUAGUUCCGAUGCAAAGACUACAAACUUUGCUGUUAUACAGACGCCCAUGGUUCCUGCUGUAAGCAAUCAAGCUGCUGGUACCAUCAUUUUCCCAUUGAACAAUGCAACGAUUGCCGGUAUCCCUGGUCAAGAAAGCACCUUCAACGAGUACGCAUACGAGCUCACUGCCUCGCAAAACUACAGUUUCCAGGUCUCUGGUAGUGCUUUGACAAAGGCAAUUACACCCAUUGGUCCCGUCACGCUUUCGGGUAUCAACUUUACUGUGCCCACCUCUCUUGUCGGUCUUCAGUUCUUGAACACAUCAGAAACGACAAUCAACUCCUUGGAUGUUGUUGGUGGAACAAACGAUGGAUUACAAUUAGCUAUCAGUGUAACCAUGAACAAUCCUUCUGACUUUAGCAUUGCAACUGGCGAUGUCAGUUUUGACAUGGGAGCUAGUGGUGUCAAGCUGGGUCUUGUCACUCUGUCCAACCUUCACUUGGCUCGUGGUCCAAAUACGGUGAACGCGUCCGCUCUCUUUGAUCCCAAGUCUUCUGAUGUCGGACAAGCACUUCUUAGUACCUUUGUCAUGGGAAGUAACAACAAUGUGGAGAUCACAGGUUUUGCCAACUCUACUAGUAUUGCUUCACUUGCGUCUGGUCUAAGUGCUAUCAGCCUUGGUUCUACUCUACCUGGUCUCAAGACAGCUUUGAUCCAAGGAUCUGCUCUUAGUGUCUUGCCCGAUACCGUCAGCACAAGCGUUGCUGGUGUUCGUGUGAGCAUUGCAAAUCCUUUCUCUGCCGGUAUGACUAUUACCAAGGUUAAGUCUGCUGUUACCUAUGCUGGUCUUCCUGUCGGUAAUAUUGAUCAAGACAUCAGUAGUAAUCCUAUUGUCAUCUCAGGAAAGUCUACUGCUCAGUCAAGUCCAUUGAAUAUGCAAAUGAAUCUCGAACCUAGUGCCGUAGCUCUCUUGCUUCGUACUCUUGCAGUUCAGUCCAACAUGGAUACAAGACCCUUAGAUGCUUUGUAUACCUUGGGUGGCCUCAGUGUCGAUGGUCAAGAAAACGUCAACCCUGAUCCUGGUCUCUUUUCCAACUUUAAUGUCUCUCAAUUCACGAUGGACGCCAUGAAGGCAUUAAAGGUCGAUCUGUCUCUUACGUCAAGCCUCGUCAUUGGUCAGUACACGAAUGACUUGACCUUUUCUCAGUCCAGUGUCGCAGUCGGUACCGAUAGUUCCGUUUGUCAAUUGAUUCCUAUCGUUGGUUAUCCUAUCGUUGUUCAAAUCGUCGCUGCCUCUGUUCUUUCUUUUGACACUAUUGUCCUUUCCAACUUUGCCGAUGGGUCGUUCACGACACAGAUGAAGGGUAGCAUUUUAAAGACUGGCCCCAUGGAUGCUGCAAUCAGCUUCCCUGAGCCUCUCACGAUCUCUUGGCGUGGCCUUAAGCUUGGUACUGUUACAAUGCCUACCGUUCAAGCCAAAGCUGGUGUUGGUGCUACCUUUGACGUCCAAGGCACCUUUACGGUCGCAAAUGCGGAUAGCAUGGCCAAUUUUGCUAGCUUUAUGAUCAACAGUGACAAAUUUGAAUGGGAAAUUACCUCAAGCAAUGUUGCUGUUAACGCUCUUGGCUUUACUUUCAGCAAUGUUCCUCUUCACAAGUUUGUUACUCUGUCAGGAUCCAAGGGCUUCAAGAAUGCUGUAACCGUCACUCAUUUUGAUUUGCCUUCAAGUGACAGUAAUGGUAUUGUAUUGACUGUUGAUACUGAAAUCAAUAAUCCAAGUCAAGUUGGUUUCAGUCUUUCCAAGGUGACCUUUGAGAACUUCUUCAAAUCUAUUGACCUUGGCCCUCUCUCUGCCGACAAUGCUGUAUUUGCACCUAGAAGUACAUCUACUGUCAAGAUGCAAGGAUACCUUAAGCCUCAAAGCUCUCCUGAAGGUAUUGCUGCUGUCACUGAAAUGUUUGGCAGUUACCUCGCUGGCAAGAACAGUUCACUUACUGUCAAGGGUGUGUCUGGUGCGGGUCCUAACGGUGAAGUAGGCUGGCUUUCUACUGCUUUCAAGACGCUCAGCAUUGACAACGUGAUAUUGCCUGGUGCAUGGCCUAUUCCUGCUCUUAUUCCUUCUAUCCAAAUGAAUGACAUGCAGCUCGACUUUACCAAGGAUCCUUGGGCUCCACCUACUGGUUCCAAUAACGUUCAAGCACAGUUGAAGAAUCCAUUUGGUUUCCCGCUUGAAGUUCAACAGUUGAGCAUGGAUGUUGAAGCCAACUAUGAAGGACAUCCUGUAGCUACUCUCAGUAUUCCAAACACGCCUGCAUCUACAAGCGCUAAUGGUAUCGUCACCACCAAGUUCUCUGGUAUUCCUUUCAAGGUUGUCUCUCAAGAUAUUUUUAAAGGAUUUGUCCAACUCUUAACUGUCAAGCCCAACGUAUCAUUUGGAUUGAAGGGAAAGACUACAGCCUCUGCCAAGACCGCUGUUGGUGUUCUUACUUUACCUAACGUUCCUUUUGAUGUUACUACGUCUUUAGCUGGUUUCAAUGACUUUGGUGGAACUGCUCGCAUCGUAAGCCUGCAAGUUGUCGGUGGCACUUCUGGUUAUAUCUUGAUCAACCUUAGUGUUGACAUGAACAACCCCUCCAAUAUCACAAUCACUGUAGGCGAUAUCAACUUUAAUGUGCUCAUGCCCGAAUUCCAGGAUGCCGUUAUUGGCAAGGUCUACCUCAACAAUGCCGUCAUUCCUCCAGGUACCAAGACGUACACUGCCUCCAUGCAUUUAGGUGAAGGUGCUACGAAUAAUGAAGCUGUCAUGAAGGUCCUUACGUACUAUCUCACUGCUGCCACGGUUCCAUUGACCAUUUCCGGUAGCACAAGUUCAACCAAGAUUGCUCCACUUGUUGGCGCUUUGGCUAGUGUUCGAUUAUCGUCUCCAAUGUCAGGUAUCAAUGCUGGCCUUAUCAAAGACAUUGCUGUCACCUCUACUGUUGAUGAUCUUGGAGUCAACAAGGCUGAAGCGGUCAUCACGUUAUAUAACCCAUUAGACACACCUUUUGCUGUCACCGAGGUUCAUGCUGCCGUUACUCACUAUGGUCGCUGUGUUGCUGUCGCGGGCCAAACCGUCCCUGUUGGCUCAAUUGACUAUGUACUUCCAAGCCCCUUGACAAUUCCUGCCAAGUCUACUGUACAAACACCCAAGUGGCCCGUCACUAUUACCUCACUUGAUAAUGCUAUUAAUGUGAUGAUGGACAGUGUCAAUAUGUACAAUGUGACUCAAAACGUCAGUGUUGUUGUUGGAGAUGGAUACCAAGCCAAGAACAUGUACUAUUAUCAAGACAAUGCUCCCUACAGUCUGGUUGUUCCUGGUCUGACCGACAUGUUGGAUCCUUCCACCUUCCCUGCCAUGUGUAAUCCUCCUGCAGCUCCUGCAGGAUUAUCAGCUAUGAAUCAUAUGGCUAUGCCACAUUUCACGAGUGUGCAACAAUUCUUGGAUUGGGCAAAGAUGUUGCUUGGACCUAAAAACAGCACCUCUGUUAUUAGCAGUGCUUCUUCCGUGCCUGUUGCUUCAUCUACCUCAACCGUCAUUGUCACUCCUACGGAGAGUAGCGCAACAACUCAAUCAUCUGAGCCUGCAGCCACAACUACGACGACAGCACCAGAAACAACUAAACCAGCACCAGCCCCAUCUACUACAACAGCUGCUCCUGCUCCUGCAACAACAACGACAACAAUAACAACAACAACGACUACUAAUGAGCCUGUUGCUCCUGCUGCUACCAGUUCUAGUCAGCCAGCAUCUACUGUUAACUAA